UGGCCGCUGUAAUAAAGGCAGAUAGCGGACCAUGGGGAGCAGAGGGAAACUUUUUCAUACAGACAUGUCAGAGAUAUGACUUUCCAGAGACAGCCAAGUGGGACGAGGCUCCCGGCGUGAGGAGGAGAAGCAGAGUAGGAGAAGGAGGAGAGGAUCGAGUAGCGGAGCUCAGCUGUGGCUUCAGCCGGGGAUCAGGACAGAAAAUUAGGGGAGAGAGUUGGAAAGAAAACGUCAGGCUUGGCCGUCCAUGCUGAAAGAUGAGCCUGUUGUCUGCCAUAGACACCAGCGCCUCCGUGUACCAGCCUGCGCAGCUCCUCAACUGGGUCUAUCUGUCCUUACAGGACCCGCACCACCAGACCAGCGCCUUCGACGCCUUCAGACCGGACCCCAACUCCUCCUCACACCCGGAUCUCAACUUCAGCAAGACUCCCGGAGCUGCGGAGCUCGGCUCGUCCCUCAACUCCAACUAUCUCAACAACUUCUUCCAACUGCAACGCAACGAGGCAUUAAACAACAACGUGUAUAAGAACGUUUCUCCGUACGGCUCCCUGAACAACAUCGUCGAUGGACUCAACUCCCUGACGGACCAUUUCUCAGACCUGUCCCUGUCGUCAGAGCCCAGAAAACCCAACAAAAGACCACCACCCAACUACCUGUGCCACCUGUGCUUCAACAAAGGCCAUUACAUCAAGGACUGCCCUCAGGCCAGACCUAAAGGAGAAGGUUUGACUCCGUACCAGGGGAAGAAGAGAUGCUUCGGAGAAUACAAGUGUCCCAAGUGUAAAAGGAAGUGGAUGAGCGGCAACUCCUGGGCCAACAUGGGACAGGAGUGCAUCAAAUGCCACAUUAACGUCUACCCACACAAACAGCGCCCCCUGGAGAAGCCGGAUGGCCUGGACGUGUCCGACCAGAGGUUCACACACCGACCCCCAAAUUAUCACGAAGCCUCUGAUACAGAACUCUCACAUUCACAGGAUUUCCCUGCACCCUUUGACUCGGCUUUCACACCAAGCUUCAACUUUCCCUCAGACUUAUUGUACAUCCAGACCGAUGUCGGACGAGCUGCAGAUCAGGAGGAGAGAAAACCACAGCCACGGAUGAAAACCACAGAGAAAAGAAAGACUGGAGUCCAAGAAGAUGCAGGAGGAGAAAAGUUUGGUUCAACUUCACUGCUGUGAACAAAGAAGCUUUUACACCAGCGUGUGAGUGCACCUUAGGUCGGUGUAUUACGGUAAAAUUACGAGAAUGGAAAGAAUGAAGUACAACAAACUAUUGGAAUAAGAACAAAAAACUCUCCGUCAACUUCGUCAAAAUGGGCUUUUUACGUUUGUACAAUGUAUCUGGUUGUACGUGUUUGUUCACCUAACAACACUUUUGGAUCAUUUUUUUAACACUAUUGGUUUAAAUCGAUGACCUGACUUUGGGGUUUGUCGACUUUGUGUUUACAGAGAUCUGCCAGUUUUGUCCGAGUGAAGUUUGUGUCAAGAAGACAAACUUUUUGACUGGUGGUCGUUGUGUAACUGAGUGCGAUGCCUUCCACGUCUUGCCAUUUUGGGGUCAACAGCACAUCUUAUUAACUGUGAAUUAAAUGGGGAACUGUGUGCCAUACAUCUUUAGCUUAUAUCUGGCCUAUUUAUUCUCUCGUAAAUGUCUUCUUCUCGUGUGCAAUUUGAAAUUUGGACGUAGAUGUUUUUUUUUUUUGUAUUUUGUAUUUGACAUUUUUGUCUCAGUCUUUGUGUCGUUAGAAAAUACGUUAUUGUAACAGGUAACAUUUCAGUCGUGCUUACGUUUCGUUUACGCCAAAUUUUAUAUAUUUUUUUCUAAAGGUCUGCAGUCUGUUCAUGUUUAUUACGGUUUACUUCAGAUUAACAAAACUCCCCUCCAGUUCUCGGAGGUUCAGUGAGACGCCUUUGUUUAUUUUCUGCUCUUUAUUUUUGCCUCAGCCAAGUUCCGAUCAUUUGUUUCAACGUUAACGUGAAACGUAUGCAAAUCUAAAGCCUUCUUAAAUCUAUGCAUUACCUGAACAGACUCGUUCAGCGCUAGCUUCUAGAAAACCAGCGCCACCUUUGGUGGGAACACAGUAUUGUAUAAAGCUAACGCUAAAACCACAUCAGAUAUGUUGAAGUUUGGUCAGAGGUGUCAUUUGACGUUCAGCCUACAUGUAUUACCAUCUAUAGAGUUGUAAAUCCACCAGUGUCGGGUUAACAUUGUUAAAGUACAAACACCACAGUGACAUCGAGAAAACAGACGAAGUUUGGACGUUAGCUUAGCCUUUAAUUCAGCUGUAAUCGACUGGCUGUGACUACAGAAACAAACAAGUCAAACCAGAUGUGAUUUCCUCCUAUUUACACCAGGAUCUAUGGUUGUUUAGUUGACACCAUGAUAUAUAUAAAAUCAAAGAGACCUUUGGUCCAAACAGUUUGGUCUUUAAAGGUUCAGUGCACCAUUUGACUUUAGUCUCUGUUUUGUCCAAGCUCUUGGUUGUCUGUAAUUCAGAAUUGUAAUUUUGUUUUGCCCGACGUGAAGAGCCAGGAUUACGUGAAGUCACUUUUGC